AUGCAGCAGGGGCACAAUUUGCCUCUCGGCAUUGCUGUUCUUGUGCUAAUCCUAGCAUCCAUCUCCCCGGCUUCUUCGCAGAACCAGCAAGCCACCUUCAACAUCGGUGGCGGUGGCGGCGCGGCCAAAAAGCCGAUCUCCGGUGGUGGCGCGGGAGCCGGAGGCGGCGACGGCUUUGACCAGUUCAUCGCCAAGAACGUCGAGCACUUUGCCGUCACCGAGCAGAUCUACGCUAGCAAGGCCAAGGCCAGCGGCGGCAAGGUGCUCGACGCGGAGCUGGCGGCGGCCGAGGCCGCCACGGUGAGGUAUGUCGUGAGCCCCGACGGCAAGGGAAAUUUCAAGACCAUCACCGAUGCGAUCAAGGCCGUGCCGGAGAAGAACAAGAAGAGGACCAUCCUCGACAUCAAGCCCGGCACCUACAAGGAGAAGCUGACAAUCCCGAUGUGGAAGCCGUUCAUCACGUUUGUGGGCAACCCGAAGAACCCGCCGGUCAUCACGUGGGACGACACGGCAGGGACGCGCGGCAAGGACGGCAAACCUCUCGGCACCCUCGCCAGCGCCACCGUCGCCGUCGAGGCUGACUACUUCGUGGCCUCCGGCGUCGUAUUCAAGAACCACGCACCAUUGGCAAAGGCGGGUCAAGAGGGCGGGCAAGCGGUGGCGCUGCGGUUGUUCGGCACCAAGGCCGCCUUCUACAACUGCACCAUUGACGGCGGGCAGGACACGCUCUACGACCACAAGGGCCUCCACUACUUUAAGAAUUGCAUCAUCCGAGGGAGCGUCGACUUUAUCUUUGGCUUCGGGAGGUCCCUCUACACGGACUGCACGAUCAUGUCGGUGACGACGGAGAUAGCAGUGCUGACGGCGCAGCAGCGGAGCAAGGGCAUUGACGAUAAGGACGCCAUCGAGAGCGGGUUCUCGUUCGUGCGGUGCAAGAUCUUCGGACUGGGCCAGAUCUACCUCGGGAGGGCAUGGGGGGACUCGUCGCGGGUGGUCUACUCCUUCACGGACAUGAGCAAGGAGGUGGUGCCCGUCGGCUGGGACAAAUGGAAGGUCGAGAAGCCAGAUCGGAAGGGUGGUGUAUUCUACGGGGAGUACAAGUGCAGCGGGCCCGGGGCCAUGUCCAACGAGAGGAUCGGGUGGGCGCGGGUGCUCGACGACGCGCAGGCGAGGCCCUUCACCGGCUCGCACUUCGUCUACGGCAACUCCUGGAUCCUACCCCCGCCCAAAAGCAACUUUUAGGUUGCUCAAAAAAGUAAUUACUAAGUAGCUCAUUUGUCACCAACUGUGUA